AUCUCACUCGCUGUAUCUGUUGCUGCUGUCAACAGAUAGAUAUCUUUCUCCACUACUGUUCCACCGGUCUCGACACUUUCCCAGAAGGACACACCUUUGACAAUGGCGGCGAAGGCGAUUCCUUCUCACCUCAGAGCCCAGGCGGCAGAUGCUCCUUCUGGGGAGAACGCUUUCGAGCGUAAGCACCACGGCAAGACCCAGUCGCAUAUGGCCUUCGAGAAUGCCUCCACCAGCGUGGCGGCCUCUCAGAUGCGCAACGCGCUGAACGCCCUCGCCGAGACGGUCCCCGACCCCCAGGAGAAGAAGCGAUUUGAGGCUGAGAUGGACAACUUCUUCGCCCUCUACCGCCGUUUCCUCAACGACAAGGCCAAGGGCAACGUCGUCAACUGGGACCGCAUUGCUCCCCCUCAGCCCAACCAGGUCGUUGACUACAACGAGCUGGGCAACAGCGCCUCCGUUGAGUUCCUGAACAAGCUGGCUGUCAUCAAGCUCAACGGUGGUCUGGGUACCUCCAUGGGCUGCGUUGGCCCCAAGUCCGUCAUUGAGGUCCGUGAGGGCAUGUCCUUCCUGGAUCUGUCUGUCCGCCAGAUCGAGCAUCUCAACCGCACCUACAACGUCAACGUUCCUUUCGUUCUCAUGAACUCCUUCAACACCGACCAGGACACCCAGUCCAUCAUCAAGAAGUACGAGGGCCACAACGUCGACAUCAUCACCUUCAACCAGUCUCGCUACCCCCGUGUCCUGAAGGACUCCCUCCUGCCCGCCCCCAAGAGCUUCAACUCCCCUCUCCAGGACUGGUACCCUCCCGGCCACGGUGACGUUUUCGAGUCGUUGUACAACUCCGGAACUCUCGACAAGCUGCUCGAGCGCGGUGUCGAGAUUAUCUUCCUGUCCAACGCUGACAACCUGGGUGCUGUUGUCGAUCUCCGCAUUCUGCAGCACAUGGUUGACUCCAAGUCUGACUACAUCAUGGAGCUGACUGACAAGACCAAGGCUGAUGUCAAGGGUGGUACCAUCAUCGACUACGACGGCAAGGUCCGCCUCCUCGAGAUUGCGCAGGUGCCCAAGGAGCACGUCAACGAGUUCAAGUCCAUCAAGAAAUUCAAGUACUUCAACACCAACAACAUCUGGCUCAACCUCCGUGCCAUCAAGCGCGUCGUUGAGGAAAACGAGCUGGAGAUGGAGAUCAUCGCCAACGAGAAGUCGAUCCCUGCUGACAAGAAGGGCGAGGCCGACAUCUCGAUCUACCAGCUGGAGACCGCCGUCGGUGCGGCCAUCCGUCACUUCAAGAACGCCCACGGUGUCAACGUGCCCCGUCGUCGCUUCUUGCCCGUCAAGACCUGCUCUGACCUGCUGCUGGUCAAGUCCGACCUCUACCGUCUCGAGCACGGCCAGCUGGUCAUGGACCCCAACCGUUUCGGCGGUGUGCCCGUCAUCAAGCUGGGUUCCGACUUCAAGAAGGUCUCUGACUUCCAGAAGCGCAUCCCCAGCAUUCCCCGCAUUGUGGAGCUGGAUCACCUCACCAUCACCGGUGCCGUCAACCUGGGCCGCAACGUGACGCUAAAGGGAACCGUCAUCAUCGUGGCCACAGAAGGCAGCACGAUCGAUAUCCCUCCGGGUUCCGUCCUGGAGAACUGCGUCGUGCAGGGCAGCUUGAGAAUCCUCGAGCACUAAACGUCCGGCCGGUUAUAUUUACCUGACGGCCCUGCAGCUGUUCGUCUUUA